AUGGAGGAAUCCGACACUAUCAACGUCGCUGCCGGUUCUGCUCGCACACAACAUCCCUCAUCAAUUCAGAUUCGGAUUCAAAUCGAUGGCUCGGUUGUUCAAUCAGACCAGAAGGUCAACGGUAUUGUUGAACCUGGCGACAACUUGGAUGGCGACUUUGCUAGAGAACGCUUGGAGACUGUCGGGAAUGAGCAAGAUCUGAUCCUGAAGCUGGGGGCAGUCCAAGAAGAGAACGUUGGUCUCAAGGCCUAUAUUCAACAGCGGAACGAGGACGAUGCCGAACACGGAUUCGAGCCGCUAGAGCCCUCCUAUAGCACGAUGAAACAGAGGGCUACAGAUGCUUUGUAUCAUUCGGGGAUACAGACGGUGAAAAGGAUGAAGGCGGCAAAGGAUACACAUCUGAACUUGGAGGGGUUCCGCGCCGGCGAUGCAUGCGCUCUCAGCCGCCACGUCAACUUCGAAGUUCUCCACGUUGCCGCAAGGGCAGGCCUCGUCGACUACAACAAUUUCGACGUUGGACCCAACGGCACCCUUGAUCUCACCGAACUUGGUCUUAAGAAAGUUGCAAUUUCGGAGGGGUUUAUAUCUUACUUGGAAGUGGCCGAGACCGGGGCUUUCCAGGAGAGCGCUCAGCUAACCGCCAAGGCGAGAAAGCUCAUGGACAUUGGUGGAUUCUGGAUGCAAGGACAUCGCUCUCUACUCCCACUGAAGGAUCUCCUCAAUGGCCAGCAAGGGGUUACGCCAGCAAGUUUCGUGCGGUACAUCUCAGAGAUGUACAAGCAGACCGCGGAAUCCCUCAUGGAACUGCUGAGCACCGCAAAAACAUUCGCUGAUAGAGGGUUUGUGAAAAUGUUGACUGUCCGCAAGACGCUGAUUGCGCUGUACAGUCAGUACGAGAACGGCAGGGUCUCUGCCGAGACCAACUGCAUGUUGAACGAUCUGGAGGAGCUACGAAGACGUCGCGAAUUGUCCCAAUAUCUCUUCAAGAUAGCCUUUGCAUACUUUGACCUUGUUGAAUUCAGCAAGGAGAUCGUGAAGGGCUCCAAGCUCCCGCUUGACUAUGCGACCCCUUCCCCAGCGGAGGAGGAAUUGACUCGGUCUUUGGCAGCGCGCAGGGUGGUGUCCAACAACAUCAACAGCUUCUUGGAAGGUUUCAAUACCGAGGAAUGA